AUGGAUCAGAGUGUUUUUCCCGUGUUUUUGCUGAGGGUCAUGCUUUCUGUCAUUGGCAUAGUAGGAAAUGGAGUCUUGAUCAUUUCAAUCGUUCAUUUGACAAACCCGAAGUCGUUUGAAGUGCUUCUGCUUGGAUUGGCUAUCGCAAACUUUGGGGAGCUUAUCCUUGUGGACAUCUAUGACGCCAUUAUCCAAUCUAUGCUUACCCUAAACGUAUAUUCCUGUGUUACGCUAAAAUUUCUAAACAUCUGUGGAGAAAACGCCAGUAUCUUUUUCACAGUGCUUAUCAGCACCUAUCGCUAUUGGAAGAUGCGCAAGGCUGCCAUGCAGAUAAUUGCACCUAUCUUUCUGGAUAGAAGGGAAGCUGCAACCGGUCUGAGUAUGGGAUGUUUUUUGGUAGCUGUGCUUUUAGCUCUGCCAGCUUACUUCAUAAACCAGGACAUGUGGCAUAUGGAAAAUUCCACGACAGAAAAGUGUCCAGCCGAUUUUUUCCAGUGUUCGAAAUUUCACUGUCCAACUGUAAACAAUAUUUACAAGUACCUUUUUAUCAGCAUUUGUCAUGUUUUGCCUUUCAUCGCUGUCACAUGGACAAGUUUCUUAAUCAUCAAAAUUUUAAUUGUUCAGAAAAAGGCGGUGGAUGUACAUCAUGAGUCAGCUCCAGGUGACGUUACUCGCAAUCAUCAUCAUCAUCAUCAUCACAAUCAUGCUGUGUUCCAUCGGAGCACCAUCGUCAUCUUGGCUGCAAUGGCAAUCUUUCAGGUGGACUGCAUUUUGUAUCUGAUUCUUCACUUAUUCUUUAGCUCAUAUAGCUUGCCUGCUUGGUCAGAGCUGGAGUUCGUCAUUACAACGUUUUAUACAGGCAUCACCCCCUACAUCUAUGGUAUGGGAUAUAACUUUUUCAGUGUGAAACGUUUCAUGAAAAAGCAAUCCUCCACCCGACAGAUCUCAAAAUAG